UAGAAGACAUGUUCGGAACCUUUCAUUGCGCGUUCCUCUCAGGGCUGCUCAUACGCGUCGCCGAUUUUGCUCCUUCGCCUGGCAUAGUCGUCUAUCCAAGGCUUCUUGAGGCAAGAGGACUCGACGCUGAAAAGGUGCUAUACAUUCAAGACGACAUUGUUCUGAGGCUGCAAAAGACUGCAAUACUCUCGGAAAAUAUUGUGUUUAGGGAAAACCUUGAUGGAACAAGAGUCGACAAAAUUAUGAAUGGAAAGGAGCUUGAAGCAAACAUCUAUCAUGAUAGAAAUCGAAUGGCGUCAGUGAAGGUAGAAGAAAGGAACGGCAGUGUCAAAGUGAAAGGAAUCCUAAGUGAUACUCUGAGAAUCGCACCCCUGGAUAUCAGUGCUCGAUCUGAUGACAGUCAAAUUCCCCAUGAGAUAUUUCAAGUGGAACAGCGUGCUGGUAUUAGAGGUAAUUACAAAGUUGGUCCAGAAAUGAAAAGCAGUGAAACUUUUUUUGCGGAACUGAAAAUUGUGGCUGACGGUUAUCACCAAAGUGCCUUCGAAACUCCUCAAGGACUAGUCCAAUAUUUUGCCCUCUGCAUGAAGCUGGUAAACAUUCGUUACGAAGAUACUUCAAAUCCAAGAGUUCAGUUUCUACUCACUACAGUGGAAGUAGCGGAGAAGGAUUUUCCAGAGUUGUUUACUGCUCCUGACGUGGACUGCCCAGGCCGGUCUAUGAAAACAUACAUGGAUCCACUCUUGAUGCUUAAUAAAACUGCAAACGUUUAUGGGAAGAGUGAUGAGGAUGUUACUGUUUUUGUCACAUCGCUGGAUCUUGCCGACAAUUUUGAUGGCACUGCCUACAAUCGCGUUAUGGGACAGACGCGCCUUGGAGGUCUCUGCAAGGACGGAAGGCGCGUUGCAAUCGUGGAGGAUGUUCCACCCACCUACUCUAUGAUUCAAAUUAUUGCGCACGAACUUGCUCAUACACUUGGAGCUGCACAUGAUGGCGAAAAGCCUCUUUGGAGUAUAGCUGAUAAGUUAAAAAGCCGCUGCCAUUAUUCGUCCGGGCACUUGAUGGCACCUUCAACUCACGGAGAAAACAACGGGCACUUUUCCAAUUGCUCUAUUGAACAGAUUGAGGCAUUUGUCGGUACAUUACCCCAAAGCUGCCUUGAUGUGAAAUUGGAGACUUACCACAAGGUGAUAGCGAGCGAACUUCCGGGGAUGAAUUUGAACCGAACGUAUUACUGCCAGAAGAAACACCCAAACUAUCCACGGAUCGUUCCAGAUAACGACGGUUAUUUUAUGCCACGUUGCAAAGUUAUGUGCUGUGCUGAUGGCACAGAACCUUGUUUUGAAGAACUUGCUGUGGAUGGAAUGUUCUGCCAGAAAAACAAGGUAUGCUUCAGGCACAGGUGCGUCGACCCUCCUAACCUUCUCGCCACGAGUCCAUAAUACUCCGUAUCGCUGAUGAACGAACGAAAUGGGAACAUCGAGCAGACGGCAACAUUCACAAGAAUCAAUAUACUGUCUCGGAGAGGUGCUAGUAUCUUCGAGAGUUCACAGAUAUUACUUAUUUUAUAUUGGGCGAAGUUCGCCACAGUUGUACUUAGUUUCUAAUAAAUAAAUCACGUACUUAU